UCUCUCCUUAAAAUGCUGUUAACUUUUCCUCACUGAAAACUACAACAAUCACUUUAGCUUCUGUUUUUCUGCAAUCUGAAGCUACCCCACCUCUGUUUUGCUCUUCUUACAACUAACGACCGGUGAGAAAACGGGCGACUUUAGUGCUUAAAGAAACACCUUUCUAUUUCAUAUUGAAUUCUCGGAGCUACGGCCCACUUGGUGUCAGAUCAGCUCGAUAGGUCAUUCAAUAGUUUUCCGCGGAGUAUCCCCUGUUUUAAAAUACUCAAACCUAUGGCUAAAUUAGCUCUCACCCUUUGCUUCCUACUUUUGUCCCACAUUUCAGUGGGAACUUUGGUGUUAGCAAAUGAACAGAAAACAUGGUGUGUAGCUAAACCUUCAUCAGAUGAGAAAACACUACAAGAAAACAUAAAUUAUGCAUGUUCUCAGGUUGAUUGUAGGAUCUUGCAAAAGGGUUGUCCUUGUUCUUCCCCAGAUAAUCUCAUGAACCAUGCUUCUAUUGUUAUGAACCUUUAUUAUCAAGCUAAGGGAAGGAAUUAUUGGAAUUGCCACUUUGGUAAUUCUGCCCUCAUUGUUUUGACUGACCCAAGUUAUGGCAGCUGUAUUUAUGAAUGAAGACAUCAUUAGGAUAAGCAGCUAAAUGUGGAGGCCAUUCUUUUUAUCCCUUUUUCUUUUUUGGUUGACUAGUUAUUUAAGAAUAUUAUUAGUAACAUAUAAUAUGUCACUCUAGGGAGUUCUCAAAAUAUAGUCCUUAUAUAAGUGGUGCCAAAAAUCUUGUGUGAAACUUUUAUUCCCUUUUGGGAUUUGUAUUCUGCUUCAGCUGAAUUAUAAUUAAGCAAAAAUGCCACUUUACUUCAGAAUAUUAUUGUAAAGGUGCCCAAUCAGUUUGGUUACUAGUACUAUAACGAUGACGAUAAUAAUAUCAAGCAAAUUGGGGUCGGUUAUAUGA